AUGGUAUGCUACUAUGCUGUCUUGCGCAUACCAUCCGCCGCCUCGGAAUCGGAGAUCCGUUCGGCUUACCGCCGGCAAGCUCUGUCCACGCACCCAGAUAAGGGCGGACGUGCAGAGGACUUCCUGCAGGUGGUCGCUGCCUUUGAGAUCCUGUCUGACCCCAAAAGGCGACGGGAGCAUGACCAGCAGCUCGAGCAGCCUGGAAAUCUUAAGGUCCAAAGCAAAAGGUCGAGGCCAGCAGGAAGAACAGUGCCUGAAAAGGGCACACAAGAAGCACCGAAGCAAAGGAAGGAGGAGAAGGCUCCAGACAAGGAGCCUCCAGCUGGUGAUGACCCAGACACCACCAUGCCCCAGGCACCCUCUGCACAAGCCGCGUGUGGCCUUUUGCGUGAGCUGCUGCUUCUAUCGCAGAAAGAUCUGUUGCUGCGGCUGAAACAGAUGAGUGAGGAGGAGCUCGGGCAUCUCGUUGAGAUGAUAGACCAAGAGGUCACCGAGUCGGCUACAGAGUUGAGCGUCGCGCGACCUGCCUGCCAGCAGGAGGCAGAUGAGGACUUGAUUUCAGAGGCCGAGUCCACGGGAGAUGCUGACGGGCACACGCUGCUUCCCCCAGCGCUCGCGGACGAUGACAUGCACGGCAGGGGGGAAGAGACCUCGGAGACGCCUACUAGGACACAGCGGCGUCCAGACGAAAAAGGAGAAGAAGGAGAUGUGGCCGUACCAGGCGCUAGAAAGAAGCGCGUCUUGUUGAGGGGGGUGCAGCAGGCACGGCGACCGCGCGAGGCCCUGCGAGGCCCAAGAUAUCAUGCCUGCAUUGGCUGCAGAAACUUGGUGCUGAAAUCACAAGAGGUCGCCAGUUUGGACGAUGCCAUUGACCUGCACAUCAGUUUGGUUCGCAUCCGGCAGCAGAUUCUGUCAAAACUCGACAGUGGCACUCCUGGCUGCCAAGCUUUGAAGGAGGCUGUGGAAGCUGUUGUGCAGGAAAGAAAGGAUGCAGCCGCUUUCCCCCUUCGACUGGCUUUCCGAGUUUUGUUCGGGCACAACAACACUUCAAAGACCAUGCGAUCCGCCUGCCAGAUUGGACCGGUAUGGGAGGAACUAAUGCAGCACAGAGAAAUGCAGAAGAGGAAACGGGAAGACCAGGCUCGUGCGAGACAGCUGAAAAUGGACAAGAGGAGGCAGGAGAUCCAGCGUCGGCGGACGGCCCGACUGGCGCGCCGCAAGGAAACCGCAACCCGCAAGCGCCAACGUGCCUAA